GAUCGGAUCAUCAACAACACCAUCGAUAAAGUGCUUGUCCUUCGAUUCGGCCGUCUCUCCGACGAAAACUGUCUCCUUCUUGAUGACAUUCUGGAGAAAUCGGCGAGAGAUGUCUCGAAAUUCGCUACAGUAGCUUUGGUGGACGUUGAUUCGGACCAAGUUCAGGUUUACGUCAACUACUUCGACAUCACUCUGUUCCCUUCAACCAUCUUCUUCUUCAACGCUCAUCACAUGAAACUUGAUUCUGGAACUGCGGAUCAUACCAAGUGGGUAGGUAAAUUCCACGAGAAACAAGACUUUAUUGAUGUCGUUGAGGUAAUAUUCAGAGGAGCGAUGAAAGGGAAGAUGAUUGUUCACUGUCCGCUUCCUCCCGAGAGAAUACCAAAGUACCAACUUUUAUACAAAGAUGUGUAAAACAAAACUGAGUUUAUUGUCUCUUCUUUUUCACUUGCAAACUCUCUUUCUCCAUCCCCCUUAUGUUUUGGACACAAUAACAUUUACAUGACAAAUUUCGAGAUUUACAUAUAUGUUUUUUUUU